CCCAGCUGCGGCCGGUGGAUGCCGUCAUGGCGCGCGUCGGAGCCGGAGACUGCCAGAUGAAGGGCGUCUCGACCUUCAUGGCGGAGAUGCUGGAGACGGCCGCCAUUCUCAGGUCGGCUACCAAGGACUCCCUGAUCGUCAUCGAUGAGCUGGGCCGCGGCACUUCCACUUACGACGGCUUCGGACUAGCAUGGGCCAUCUCAGAGCACAUCGCGCGCGAGCUGGGCGCCUUCACGCUGUUCGCCACCCACUUCCAUGAGCUGUCAGCGCUGGCGGCCGAGGUGCCGGCCGUGCAAAACCUGUACGUGACGGCACUGACGGCCGGGCAGGAGCUCACCUUCCUCUACAAGGUGCAGCCGGGCGUCUGCGACCAGAGCUUCGGCAUCCACGUGGCCGAGAUGGUCAAGUUCCCGCGGCAGGUGAUCGAGGACGCGCGCAGCCGAGCUGGCGAGCUGGAGGACUUCUACGGCUCGCACCAGGCGGCCACGGCCGAGCUGGCCGGCCCGCCCGAGAAGCGGGCCCGCGCCGACGGAGACCAGGAGGCGAGCGAGGUCAUUAGUUCGUUCCUGGAGCAGUAUGACCGACUGGGCGCCGACCUGAGCCCGGAGGAGCGGCGCCGGGCCGUCACCGAGCUCAUGGACGGCGUCAGGAGCCGGCGGGACCCGUACGUCAGUCACGUGCUGUCCCGGCUGGGGCUCCACUGACCGGCGGGACCCGUGCGUCAGUCACGUGCUGUCCCGGCUGGGGCUCCACUGACCGGCGGGACCCGUGCGUCAGUCACGUGCUGCCCCGGCUGGGGCUCCACCGAUCCGUGACGUUGUCCUGAAGAACUGUGCCAUGUGACGAGGCUGUAGCUGUUGGUGCGGAAUA